AUGUUAGCUCAUCCUCUGUUGGUUGAUGAUGAUGAUGAUGAUGAUGAUGAUGAUGAUUCCUGCUGUAGGGCACAAGCCAAUGGUCAAGCUGCUGAUGGGGAAAAGGCAACACAAGUCACUGGAGUGCAUCAGAGGAAAGAGUUCUGCCACUGGCCAUGCCAGUGCCCUCGGCAGAAGCCCAGGUGCUCACUUGGCGUGAGUCUGGUAAAGGAUGGCUGUGGGUGCUGUAAAAUCUGUGCCAAGCAGCCUGGGGACACCUGCAAUGAGGCAGAGGUCUGCGACCCCCACAAAGGCCUGUAUUGUGACUACUCUGCCGACAAGCCUAGGUAUGAGACAGGAGUGUGUGCAUAUCUCGUAGCUGUAGGAUGUGAACUCAACAGGGUGCAUUAUCACAAUGGCCAAGUUUUUCAGCCUAAUCCCUUGUACAAAUGUCUAUGUGUGAGUGGUGCCAUUGGGUGUACACCCUUAUUCAUACCAAAGCAGCUAGACAGUCAGUGCUCUGGCCCCAAAGGUGGAAACAAGUCUGACCGAUCCCUCUGUAACUUGAAACUGCUGCAGCAACAGAUAUCAGCAAGCUACCAAGCAAUGCCAGUUUAUAAGAAUCUCCCACUUUUCUGGAAGAGGAAGUGCCUUGUGCAGGCCACAACAUGGACACCCUGUUCUAGAACAUGUGGUCUAGGAAUAUCUAACAGGGUGACCAAUGAAAAUAGUCACUGUGAAAUGAGGAAAGAGAAAAGACUAUGUUAUAUUCAGCCUUGUGACCGAAACUUAUUAAAAGCUGUGAAGAUACCCAAAGGAAAAAAGUGCCAGCCUACCUUUCAACUUUCUAAAGGAGAGAAACUUUCCUUUUCUGGAUGCUUGAGCACUCAAAGCUACAAACCAAUUUUCUGUGGAAAAUGCCUGGAUAAGAGAUGCUGCAUUCCCAAUAAGUCUAAGAUGAUUAAUGUACAAUUUGACUGCCCAAAUGAAGGGUCAUUUACGUGGAAGAUGAUGUGGAUCACCUCUUGUGUAUGUCAGAAGACUUGCAGAGAUCCAGGAGAUAUCUUUUCUGAGCUAAAGAUUCUAUAAAGAGCUUUAAUUAGGAAUCAUAAUAAAUAAUAAAUGUGUUAGUCUAAAUGUAAUCUUUAUUACACCAAAUAAUUCUUCCAGUACUUUGGUUUAAAAAGUGGGAAAAAAAUCACAUUAAUGAUAAAAUAAUAAGGAUAGAUAUGUCUAGCCAUAUCUAAUUGUGUACAAUUUAAAUUUUUGGAAGUUCUUUUAAAUGAUGUGGAACUGACUUUAGAAGCAUAACAUUUAAGUCUUUGGUCCUAAAAUCUGUACCAUAAUUACAUAUCAGAGCAAGAUCUGAUCCUACAUUUGAUAAUUCUAUAAAUGUAAAAUGCAGCAUGUUAUUUGUUUAGUACUGGAACAUUUAAUGCCUUCUAGAAAAGCAACUAAGUAUACUAUUUAAAAAAAUAAGUUAAAAAAGUUUAAGAAUGACUCAUCCUCCAGUACUAUGUCACAAUCCAUUAACUGAGGGAUUGUAAUGUACUAUUUUUUGAAAAUAUAUUUGUACUCUUUUAAGUCUUGUGAAGAAAUAAGGCUAAAGAAUAUUUAAAAAAUAAUUUUUUUUUCAUAUUUCUCAUUCUCCAAGUCAUUCUUUGGAUAGUAUCCAUUACAAUAUUCUUAAUUCACAAAUUUCCUCUUCCAUAUCUCAUUAAAGGCUGUAUCUGACUCAAAAUUUUUUUGACAUAAGUGAGAUAGAAAAAAUCCAAUGAUUUAUUUCAAUUAUUGAUAUCCUAACUAUAUGAAUAAAACCAGAAAUCAAUCCUGUGC